AUGAUUGCCUCCGAGGCAUCCCGCAUGCUCCACAGCGUAAACAUCGCCAACGUCCUCUACAGCUGGCUCGCCAUGAACCUCGCCGGAGUUGAGACUAACUCUCUAGAAGUCGAGCUCGUGGUGAACGACAACACAGUCCAAGCCGCAAUUGGCGUCUUCCAAAACUUUGGGCAAUGCACAGACUCCCGCUGCAACGAGCUCCUCGUGCGGCGGCGGAACGUCGAGUCCCCGCAAAGACUACACUACCACCCCGUCCCCGCCGCACACUACCAUAUGGGCAACGGCCAAUACCUGCUAUCCCUCUUCAUCAAGACCGCCAUCCUCUGGUGGCUACCGGAUUUCACACUCGUAGCAGGAGAAUGGCGGAGCCUCCACCCGAUCAAGAUCCUCAAGCCGGGCGCCUUUGUCGACGCUACGAUCUUGCUCUUCUGCCGGAACGCCUGCCACCAUGAGCGGCUGGGCGCGCUGUACAGUUACAUGCUCGCGGCCCUGUGCGAUUCGGAGCCUGGUACGGUUAAGAAAACCCCCCGCGCCGAGUUCCAGCCGGCCUGGGACUGCUUCAAUGGUAGAUUUCCUGCUGGGACUGAUCCUCUCUCCGAGAUGAAGAAGCUUCGACAGCGCUUGAUCGAAAAGGGUGAGCUUGGGGUUCUGCCCCCGGAGCGUUGGGAUGAGGCAACUCAGUAA